AUGGUAGAGGGACCUAUUCUUGCUGAAGGCAUUGGCUGGGGAGUCGUUGUUGGAUUUGGUGCCUUCUUUGCCGUUUUUAUGUCACUUUUGACGUUAGCACAAAAACGUUAUUUACAAGAACAUCAGACCUCUGAAAUGUUUAUGACGGCUCAUCGUUCAGUAAAAACUGGGUUGGUGGCUUCUGCUGUCGUAUCAUCUUGGACUUGGGCUGCCACUUUACUUCAAUCAUCUUCUGUUGCUUACAGAUAUGGUGUGUCCGGACCUUUCUGGUAUGCCUCUGGUGCAACAAUUCAGGUGCUUCUUUUCGCUAUUUUGGCCAUCGAAGUCAAAAGAAAAGCUCCAAAUGCCCACACUUUUCUUGAAAUCAUUAAUGUCCGUUAUGGCAAAUCUACUCAUAUUGUCUUUUUGUGCUUUGGUUUGAUCACUAACAUGAUUGUAACUGCUAUGUUGUUGCUUGGCGGUUCAGCUGUGGUAAAUGCACUUACUGGUGUAAAUGUUAUUGCUUCAUGUUUCUUACUUCCUCUCGGUGUCAUGUUUUAUACCUUCUUCGGUGGUAUCAAAGCCACAUUCUUGACUGACUACGUACACACCACUGUAAUCUUUAUCAUCAUUCUUACUUUCGUGUUCACCGUCUAUUCAACUUCUCCGGUCAUUGGUUCACCAAGCAAAAUGCACGAAUUGUUGUCCAUGGCUGCCCAAACAAAACCUGUGGUCGACAAUGAAGGUGGCGAAUACGUGACUAUGAGUUCCUUACAAGGUCUUAUUUUUGGUAUUAUUAAUAUUGUUGGUAAUUUCGGUACUGUAUUCGUCGAUAAUGCCUAUUGGCAACGUGCUAUUGCUGCUCGUCCAUCAUCAACUGUCAAGGCUUACUUGAUUGGUGGUUUGGCAUGGUUUGCCAUUCCUUUCACUCUUGCUACUACUAUGGGCAUUGCCGGUGUUGCUCUUGUUGCUGCUGGACAUAUGGAUCCAUUGACUGAUCUUCAGGUUGAUCAAGGUUUGGUCUUACCUUUAGCUGCUGCUUCUCUUUUGGGUUCACCUGGCGCUAUUGCUGUAUUGGUUUUGGUUUUCAUGGCUGUGACAUCUGCUGCUUCUGCUGAACUUAUUGCUGUAUCAUCUAUUUACACAUAUGAUAUAUAUAGAACAUAUAUCACAUCUCAUGCACCAGGAAAAAAAGUUAUCAACCAAUCUCAUUAUUCAGUUUGUGCUUUUGGUAUUAUCAUGGGUAUAUUGGCCACCAUCCUUAAUUUUAUUGGUAUAAGUUUAGGCUACCUUUAUUUACUUAUGGGUAUCCUUUGUUCCCCCGCCGUCAUUCCUGUCGCAUUUACGAUAACAUGGAAAAAACAAACCAAGAGUGCUGCUGUCGGCGCUUCAAUUAUUGGUCUUGUUUGUGGUGUCGUUUCUUGGUUGGCAACUGCACAAGGCUUAUUUGGUGAACUUACAAUUACCACAACUGGUCAUAAUUAUCCUAUGUUGGCAGGAAACCUUGUGUCAUUAGGAAUGUCAGGAUUAGUAGCAACAAUUUGGUCAUUAAUCUCACCAGACAAUUUUGAUUUCAACGUUACAAAAAAUCAACUUGAAAUUUUAACUGAUGACGAAGUAUCAACUAAUGCCACCUAUGAAGACCCAAUAGAGCAUGAUCCAGUAAGAUUAAGGAAAGCGUUCAUAUUUGCCAUUCAAAGCUCUGUAGUCCUCACAAUAGUUCUUGUCAUUAUAUGGCCAUUACCGAUGUACUUCUCUCGUUAUGUUUUUUCGGUUCCUUUCUUCACUUUCUGGGUUGCCAUCUCUAUGAUUUGGGCUAUAAUGAGCACUUUGGCUGUUGCUAUAUAUCCGCUUUAUGAAUCAAGAAAAAGUAUUGCAAGCGUAGUGGGUGGUAUGUUUGGUGAUAUUACUGGUAAAAGAAAACCAGUGACUGAAACCAAACGCACAGAAUCUGAACCUUCGACUAAUGAAAAAGAAACAAAUCAAUCAAUUGCUUAA